AUGUCGACAAUUUCCACUUCUCUCGGCCUGCUCAGCCGGCCGGCAAGAUCUUCAGCUGGCGCGUCGUCCUUCGGGUUUGUGAAACCAGCAGUGGUGGCUCUCCCUUGCGCUCCUGCAGAGAAGAAGCGGCCUCGUUCCAUCUGCUACUCUGUGGAUGCCAAGGCCACCGACCAUCCCUUUAACAUCUCUCCCGUUGGAGUAAUAUUUUCUCUGAUGUCUUUACCACCUGUCUUGGCGAUGGAAGCCCUUGUGCAUCCCGACAUGCCGCCCACGUCGACGCCGCGGUGGGAGAUCAAGGAAGAUGGCAAGAACGUCAAGCUGACAUUCUUCAACUUGCCGGAGGGUGCUACAACGGGCGACUUCCAGGUUGCCGUGGAGGACGAUGUGCUCAUCAUCAGGACGAACAAGCCCAAGCCUGCAGCAGCAGAGGAGCAAAGGCAAAGGGAGCAGCCCCAGGCCCACAGCGUCUCGUUCCAUGUCCGGCUGCUCGUGCCCAAGGGGUACGAUAAAGAGAGUGUCCGCGCCCAACUGCAGCUCCGGGCGCUGGUUGUCACCGUCCCCAAGGUUAAUCCUUUGUUCACCAAGGAGGUUGCUAUCGACGGAAAAUAG